AUAAUAAGUAAAGGCAUUUAUUUUUUUAAACGGUCGAGCCCAAACACAAUAGCGAAACCAGGAAAUGCAACCUUGGGUGAUAUUCCCACAUUGUUGUUCGCUUUUAUAGAGGUGUCACUAUUUCGGUUUGAGAGUUUCCGUCUGGAACUGAUAGAGGAACCGAUGGGAAUUAUUUGUAAUGAAAUGGUGUCAUGAGUAGAAACCACUGGGUUUCGACUUGUCAGUGGGAACUUCGGCAGACAGAGCACUGACACGAAUGAAUGUCCACGGAAGUUGCAAUGUAUUCUGAUGAGGAUAACCAGAAUUAUGAGGACUGGAUGUCAAAUUUGCCCGAGGAGCUGUGGGAUGUGCCUCUUUCAAGUCUCGCCAUACCAGGAAGUCAUGAUGCUAUGAGCUACUCCCUGGACAUCAACUCUCCUCUGAUCCGCUCUGAGUCUGACACCUUUAGACUCCUGGAUGGUCUCUUCUACUGCCUCACCAGACCUGCUAUCUACAGGUGGUCUACCACGCAGGAAAAAGGUAUUGUGGAGCAGCUAUCAGAGGGGAUUCGAUACUUCGACCUCCGAAUCGCCCACAAACCGUACGACCCGUCCAACGAACUGUAUUUUACACAUGUCAUUUACACUCAUCUGACAGUGGUGGAAACUCUGAGGGCCGUAGCCUCGUGGUUGGAGUCUCACUCCAGGGAGGUUGUUAUCCUAGCAUGCAGUCACUUUGAAGGACUCAACGACAAACUACAUGAACAUUUAAUUUUCUCACUGAAGAAAAUCUUUGGGUCUAAACUCUGUCCUCGCAAGGAGACAGUGGUCACCCUGCGUGGUCUGUGGGCAUUGGGUUACCAGGUACUGCUGUCGUAUGAUGACCAGUCAGCAGCACGACACCAGGCUCUGUGGCCAGGUAUACCGUACUGGUGGGCCAACCAAUACACGGCCAGCGGGGUGGUCAGCUAUCUGGACUGGCAGAAAGACAUGGGACGCCCAGAUGGUUUCUUUGUGUCUGGUCUGAACCUGACGGCUGACCGCUCCUACAUCGCGCUGCACCCCCGUCAGUCCCUGCAGACCCUAACUCUGGCUAACUGGAAGGAGCUGAGGCCGUGGCUGGAGGAACAGGUCCCUGGACCACACUCAAACAACCUCAACAUCAUAGCAGGAGACUUUAUAGGACCUGUCCCCUUCUGUCCUCUGGUCAUCAACCUCAAUAGAAAACUGUUACGGCAGCAGAGGAUGGAUGAGAGGACUCUUAGAGGAGAGGAUAGAUGAGAGGACUCUUAGAGGAGAGGAUAGAUGAGAGGACUCUUAGAGGAGAGGAUAGAUGAGAGGACUCUUAGAGGAGAAGAUAGAUGA